AAGGCUCUGUGAGCCAAUUUUCAGCCAAAUCGGGAUGGCCCGUUUCUCGCUGCUGGACUCGCUGCUCGCUGCUCGCUGCUAGUUUGACAGACGUUGCCAAAACUGCCGUCACAGCAGAAAUGUUUUUUUUUUCUCGAUUGCAAUUGUGGAAUUAUUUAUUAAACAGAAGAUUAUCUUUCCGAAAAACCGACUGAUUUCAUACACAGAUGCAUGGAAAAUAAAAAAAUCCCGGUUUACAUAAGCAACAGCCAAUAGUUAUGUGGAUUUUUGGAUAUGGCUCUCUGAUCUGGAAAGUUGACUUCCCAUAUAAGACAAAAGAGAUUGGAUAUAUCAAAGGCUAUGUGAGACGAUUUUGGCAAGCGUCAAUCGACCACAGAGGCACACCAGAAAAGCCUGGACGUGUUGCCACAUUGGUACCCUCAGAAGACCCAGAGGCGCGAGUCUGGGGCGUGGCCUACGAGAUCCCGGCGGACGAAGUGGAGGCCACGAUCUCCCACCUGGACUUCCGCGAGCGGUGCGGCUACGAGCGGCGCUCGGUGGCGUUUCACCCGCAGGACGAGCGCCGUCCGCCGCACCGGCUCACCAUCUAUGUCGGGACGGAGGAUAACCCGUACUUCACCGGCCCGACCAGCGAGGAGGAGCUGGCAGCGGUGGUGGUGGAGGCGCGUGGCAUGGCCGGCCCCAACACGGAAUACAUCUACAACCUGGCUGAGGCCGUGCGAACCACCAUGCCGCACGUGAAGGAGAGCCACCUCUUCAUCCUGGAGGAGGCCGUCCGUAAGAGGGAGCUCCAGGCGAAGGUCGCCUCGUGAUAUCGGCGUUAUGAUAGUCCGACGUCCGCUCGUCUUGUAUGAGCGGCGAUGUUGGCGGUUUCCAUGGCUACGCAGUGGCUGUCAUGACUACAUCUCUUGGAGUGGUGUUCGAACGCGGAGCUCAGGGGUUUUAGAUUGAAUUAUGCAUGGCGAUUAGCGAAGAGAUUGUCACUUCGAUGCUCGAAAGUACUGGCUGCCAUUCUGUUGGUGGAGACAAGAUCGUGAGUUUUAUGUGAUCUCGGAGUGCAAAUCCUUGUGCAAUAUUGUAGCUAGUUGGAUCUUAUGCGCUUGUCUAUUUGUGUUGCCGAAUGCAAAUAUCCUCUACCUCUAUUUAAUGUCAACUGAUCUUUUAUUUGGGGCUAACCAUUGAUUCCCGUGACACUUGCUCUAUAUUUUACCGUCCCCGAUUGGUGUUAUUUUUUUCACUUUGCUUCCGGGCACUUUUCCGUCGAAAUCACCGUUUUGUGCAGACAUUUGUAGUCCUAUAAAUGUUGUUUAUAAAUAUUAUUGGUGAAAUUCACAUUCUACGUAAUAAAUAUGGCAUAUUGCCUAUUUCAUGAA